UGCUGACAUCUGAUCUUCUGUCUGAUUUGAACACGGCACACCAGGAGAGAAACAACCACCUCCCUUCUUCUGUCUUUGUUUUACUCUGUCCUAAAAUGACGGCCACAACAGGCAAGCUUGCAGCAGCUCUACUUGCUUGCGCCAUGGUGGCACUGACUGGAGCUGACGGACAUAUCCAGUCCAACAGUACUUGUCCUGGCAAUUGGACUGAUUUGGGGGAACGCUGUUUCCGUUUUGUUCCUAAGCAUAUGAUUUGGACUACAGCUCAGGCCCAUUGUCAGUCCAUGGGGGCAAACCUUGCAUCAAUACACAACGUUAUAGAGGUAGAGUUGAUUCACCGCAUGGCAGGGAAUGACACGGCUGUGUGGACUGGAGGCUCAUCUUGCCAGCAGAAGAAUGUGUGGCUCUGGUGUGACGGAACAACACUAGACUUUACGUACUGGUGUCCAGGUCACCCAAAAGAAGACCCAGAGAGUUGCUGUCUAUACAUUUCUCCCAAAGAUGGAAAAUGCUGGGAAGAGUUUGCAUGCAACAACCUACUCCCAUCAGUCUGUGUCAUGAAUCUUCAUUAACUGCAAAAGUGCCCGGCACAGAACCAUCAAGUACACAAAGAAACUUGCAGUCUUUGUGUCUGACAUUUGUGAAUGAAUAAAACAUCUGUCUGUCAUUAAUGCUGCUUCUGACUUUUAGCAGAAUUAAAAACAACUU